AUGUCUAAAGCGAAUUUUCAAUCUUAUUAUACAAACAUUAUCAGUCCUAAUAAGCAUCGAAUUAAAUCACUUCAUUUAUCGAAUCCAUUUACUGUCGAUCUAAUUUUUUCACCAGUUCGCAUUGUAUUAAAAUUGAUUCGACUCGAAACACUUAUAUUGGAUAAUAUUCAAUCAAAAUAUCUUCCAAAUAUUCUCAAUCGUUUAGUUUCUUUGCCCAAUCUUCAUUCAUUAAUUAUCAUUUCAAUUAAAUCUGUUCGUAAUCUCAAUAACGUUUAUCGUCAAAUAUUUCGUUUACCUGCAUUGAAAUAUUGCAAAAUCUCAUUGAAAGAAUGUGUUGAAUCUGAAUCAUUAACUAUUGCAACAGACGAAAUCAGUCCUAUCGAACAUCUUGUUAUUACCAAUACUAUUUAUUUAGAUGAACUUCUUACACUCUUAUCAUAUGUUCCUCAACUUCGUCGUUUAUCAAUUCAUUGUCUUGAUGGAUCCCAAUCAAUGUUCAGAAGUCUUUUUCAUCAUCUUCAAGUUUUACAUAUUUCAACAUCUUAUGAUGAAGCAUAUUUAGAUGCUUGUCGGUGGAAAAAAUGGAUUUUAUCAUAUACACCAAAUUUACACAUAUUUGAUUUUCAAUAUAUAAAUUCUGUGCAAAAUGCUGCUAGCGAUAAUAAUCAGAUGAUAUAUAAUGAUGUGAUCAAACAAUUCAGUUCUUCGUUUUGGUCCGAACGGAAAUGGUUUUUUGCCUAUGAUUUUUAUAGACAAGAGUAUCGAGAUCAUGUAAUAUUCUAUUCAACAGAUCCAUACAGACGAAAACAAUACACAUUAUAUAAAUCAUUGGAUAAAAAAAUCUAUUCACGCCAUCAAGAAAGUAAUGUUGAUGUUGUUAAACUUGUUGAUAUACAAGGUGAACAAGCAAUGAUGAGUUGCAUAAAUUAUUUUUCAAAUGCUACUGAAUUAACUCUUUCUGACAGUUUUUAUGGAAGUCGUAUUUGGCUUGGAAUUAUUCUUAAUCGAAUUAUUUCGUUAAAACAACUUACUAAACUCGUUAUUGAUUGUAAUGAUUUUCGUUUUGAACAGGUUAUUAAACUAUUACGUUUAACACCAAACGUUCAUACAUUAAUACUUGACUGUCAAUCAAUUAAUCAUACAGAUAGUAUAUCAAUUGAACACACUGAUACUUUUCGAUUUGUUUCUAAUACAAAUACUAUUACAAAUGCAACUAUAAAAUCAACAUAUUCAAUGAAAAAUAUCAAACUAUUUGUGGCUCUAUGUCCUCGAUUACAACAUCUCACUAUUGAUAUAAAUAGAAUGGAUCCUAAACCAACUAUAGAAUUUUUAUUAUCAAGAAAUAAUUCCAAUACUCGUCAUUUGUUUUCGUUAUGCAUAAAACAUAGAAGUAAAUCACAGAUAAACAAAUUAAAGACAUUAAUUAAAUCAGAAAAAAUACUUGAUGAUUAUUUGAUUAAACAAAUUUCUUUAGAAUUAUAUAUUUGGUGGUAG